AUGUCUAUUGAUCUGGAGGAGGAAGGCACGGUGGACUAUGGUCAGCUGAACCAGGAGAUGAGUCGGACAGAGUUUGGUUUGUCUCCGGGUGGAGUUGCUGCUGCCACCACGGCUGCCGGUAGUAUAGGUGUUUUUGAUGAAUCAGGGGAGCCGCUACAAGAACAGCAGAAUGAGCCGCUAAAGAAACCAGCGUUACUCUCAGCCGAUAAGGAUUCUUCCCAAGCCAAGCCGAGUAUGCUGUCAAAAGUGUCUCUGCUCGACUCCCUUGACUCGACCCUGAACACGACGACCUCGCCCAAGGCCAGUAUGCCCGGUGAGAAGACGAGAGAGGGCGCCACCGGAGAACACCAGGCGGGAGCCGACAUGCUCAAGACUCGCACGGGCACAGGCAUGGGUACGAACACGAGUAAGGAGAUAGAAGCUCUGCAUGAAGCUCUUCGAGAGGUGGGUCUCUCCACGACAUACCGGCCGGACGGUGACAUCCUCGCAUUGCCGCAGGACGCCGGCACGGGGGACGCCGGACACAACAUUGGUGAUAUUAAUAAUGGUAAAGAGAGAAGUGUUGAUGAUAUAGUUCACGAAAUGGAGGACUUGGAGAACAAGAUGAGGGACAGAAAUAAUUCUGUCAAUGAUGUCCAGUUGAUUAGUGACUACAAGAGUCCUAACAGUCCAAGCAGCGCUAGUAAACAAUUGCAAGGUCAGUCCCGACUGGAAGAUGAUCACAAACAGGGAGGGUUUGACCACUCGCACACAGACGACACAGAGUUGUACGAUCCCGUCACUGCCGUGGGUGAUGUGCGUCGCGUGAUGUCUUUGAGAGCUCUUCAGAAGAAAAAAGACAAAAAAGGUCGUCAAGGUUCAGAAACAUCACUAUCUAGUAGCAAUGCUGGAAGUAUCAAAAGUCGAUCCAAGUUCGCUCACAUCCAGAGUUCAGGGUACGGUCCAAAAUCCCCGGGAUUGUCCCCGACCAAGAAACCUUUCAAAUCUCUGUCAAAGACGAAAAACCAGGCACAGAAGUGGUCACCUGCUCAUGUCGCCCAACAGAAAAUAAAAGGCACUGAAACGCUACAAGCUGUAGAUCAGCCAGGACAGCAGAUUGUGGACAGUCAGUUGAUGCACUCAGUCGAGUCGUUCGCUCAGUACAUCAAAAACCAAUUUGUCGAGCCCGAGAUACCAAAGGUGAAGUCACCAAGGGAUGAGCAGUCGGUACCACCGUGGACUCCGCCUGAACCACUGCCUGGCUCGGAGAAAGAGCGGGUCUUGUUGCAGGAACUCAGGUCCGUUCAGAGAGAGCUGGAGGAGGAGAGACAGCAUGCACGCAAACUACAAGAAAAUCUGUCCACAAUAGAAGAAUCAUAUCAAAAAGAAAUUGAGACACUGCGUCGUGAACACGAGCAAGAACUCUUUAAAAUAAAACAAGAAAACUUUGUUCUUCAAGCCAAGCUGUCGGGGGGAGCUACGGAACCGUCUGAGCUGCGUAAACGUCUGAGUGAGACGACGGCGGCAGCGACGAGCGAGAAGCUGGAUAUGUUUGAACGUGAGGUGAAGGAGCAGGAGGUGCUGCUGGCCGGCUACCAGCAGGAGAACAGCCGGCUGUAUGACGAAAUGAAAGACUUGCGCAAGAAGUUGGCACUCACCGAGAACAACAUGUUCAGGGAGAACCAGAAACUAGUCACUGAAAUCACAAACCUCAGGUCCCAGCUGGAGCAGAAAGAAGACCAGUUGAUGAACAAGGGAGUGAUAACCGGUCUAGCUGCACAGCAGCAGAUAGCACAGGGCAUCAGUGAGUCGGCCGUCAGUGCAUGGAAAGUGGCAGAGCUUGAGGCUGAAUUAAGGGAAGCAAAGAGAUUUGAGGACAAUCUUCGGCGAGAGUUGAGAGUUCUACAACAGACGACGGUUGAACUGGAACAGCACAUAGAUCAGCUGGUCCGCGAGCGGGAAUCUCUGCGGAAAGAUCUUGAUGUGGCCAGAACUACCGAGCCAGAACAGAUCACGGCACUGGAGGCGAAGCACAGGGAAGAAAUGGACCAGUUGAAGGGGAAGUUGAAGUGGUAUGCUGAGAACCAGGAACUGUUAGACAAGAGUGUGCACACCUUACAGGACAAAGAUGAUAUCAUUCGUAAACUGAACGCCAAGCUUCAAGAAGUGCAAACUGAAGCUGGUAAACGGUUGGAAGAAAAUAAACUUCGUGAUCGAGAACGGACAUCUGAUGCUAAAAGAAUACAAGACUACCAAAGACAGAUCAAGGAGAUGGAGCAGAUCCUCCGUCGCCGCGACCCCAACUCUAUCCCGGCACUGAUGAUGACGGCCGCCAGUACGAUGGAUGAGAGCGCCAAGUCUCCGUCCAUCGCAGAGCUCGAGAAACAGAUCAGUAACCUGCAGAAGCAACUCGAGGGGAAGGAUGAACAGGCCAACACGAUGCUGAGAGCUAUGGAGCAGAAAUACAACAAAGUCAAGCAACAGUUUGAGGAUCGUGUGGCUGACCUGGAGCGACAGCUGUCUGAGUCUGGGUCUGGGUCUGGGUCUGGAUCUGGGUCUGGUAAACAGCCGGUGGAGGACCUGAAGGACCACAAAUACUCACAUGCGUUGGCUCUCGAGCGUGAGUUGGAGAGUGUGCGAGAAAGAUAUAAGAAGGAGAUCACACAGCUACGCACUCAGAUCAAAGAUCUGAAGCACCAGCACCACAUACCAAAGAACGACUCAUCACGCCAGGCGGAGGUGGACCUGAAGAACCAGGUGAUGCAGCUGCAGGGCGAACUGAAUGACAGGAAACAUGAGCUCCAGUUGCUGAGCAUGACGGUCGAUCGACUCCGCAAGGAGAAAAUCAUCUACAUGAUGAGGGGGCUCGUCCACAGCGUCGCUAGAGAUGCUACAAAAGUAAAUAGCAACAAGAGACCGGACUCGAGCGAGACAAAUGGUGAAGUGGCGAACGGCUUCACGACAUUCACUGGUGGAGAGACGAAUGUCCGACCGUAUGAACCGAGCUCAUUCGCCGAUUCUCAACUGUCGGACAUUCUCUUAGAAAACGAACAUCUUCGAACAAAGGUAGAUGACUUACAGCUGACCCUAGACCAGCAGAGGGUUGAUUUCAGCAAGUCACUGGCUGAGAUGGAGUUCUUACUGAGGAAGAACCGAGAAGACUACGAAGACCAGAUUGAGAAGUUGCAUCUCUCACACCAGGAACAUGUACAGAAUUUACUAUCUGAUCAUGUAUUACAACACUCUACCUCCAGACUGGCCGAACUACACAGUAAAUGUGACACUCAGGAGGUGAUGAUAAAGCACCUUCAGGAACAGCUGGCUCGGUGUUCUGUUGACUCCGAGAUGAUCUCCGCGUUAAAGAUCCACCAGGUGGCGCUGCAGACCCAUGUGGAGAAACUGCAGGAAAAGCUGAGAGAAGCGAAGAAGAAUCACUCGCCAGAAAUGCAGCACUUUGAAAUGGUCCAAGAGAAGGUAACUCAGCUGGAGGAGCGCCACCUACAGAGGGAGCAGGAGUUGCAGCAGAUCAUACGAAACACCCAGCAGGUGGCGUCGGUGGAACUGCAGGAGGAGGUCAACAAGUGGAAGAACAUUGUGAACAUGAAAAAUCUUGAAAUACGCCAAUUCCAAGCCGAGCUUGAUUCAAUACUAGAAAUGUUGCGAGUCCUACAAUCACAGGGGGUAAUUCUGCCCGUCACCGUACAUCACUCGCGAUGUCAGUCACAUACAAGGUGUAGCUUUAAAAAGUAAACGUUCAAAAAACUAUUGUUAUGUUGUGUGGGAAAUCUGAUGGAUGUUUUUCCAAAUUCCAUAGUUUAGCACUGCCCCAAAAACUGUUCCUGCCCUUGUUCAUUGAGGAAAAACUCACCUGAACCCCCCCCCCCCCCCUUCCAAAAUCAUUAAACGUUUUCCAGGUUGUUUGUCCAGUGUUUAUUUAAUCUCUGGAUGUCAGAGAUUGUCAGAUGUAUCACCUUCAGGCAUCAGAAACCCAGGUGCAAGGUACAAGAAGAAAUACUAUUUUGGUGCUCUAUUAAUGGGCUGAAAAUCAGCCCAGAAUGAAGAAACAUUAGUGGCAUUUACAGUGUAUCUCUACUGUGCCUUAUGGUUUUGUAGUUGAAUUGUAGAAAUGAUACUGAUAAUAAAAUAAAUUUUAGGGAAGUUCGUAAUAACCAGGCCCCAUGUUUAUAAACUUUUAGAAUCUAAACUCAAGACUCUUAAUAGUGUCCAAGACUUCAACGACAUCGUGUGACGUCAUUAGAGAUUUGAGUGCAGACUCUCGUCUUCUCAGCAUGGACCAUGCUGUGCUCUGAUUACCGAUGAACUGGAGUUUAGUUAUUAGGUAGAAAAUGUAACACCCAUAUCGGGUAUUACAAAACAAGCAUGCUCUGAUGCACAAGACAGGUCUGUAACAAUAGACUAUCUGCGUCAAAUAACUAGUUUCAUUUUGAAAAACCCAUUAUGACCCUGUAAAUGAUGUUCUACAUUUAAGGUGUGAACCUAAAAUGGGUCAAGCACAACUAGAUGUUCUCAAGUUGGAGGUGAAUAAAACAAUCAUUCACACGAUUGUCAAAGAUCUGGAGCCAAUUUUGUUUGUGACUAGCUGUACAAUUACGAAUUAUGGUUUUGUGAUAAAUUUAUGUUUACAUGCUAAGGUUUAUGACGUUUUGUGUAAUUACUCCCUGCAAAAACUAGUCACCUGAAAGAACAGAAUGUUUAUUUAUAUAUCGAGCUGUAAAACAUUGUGAGUCAUGUGUAAGAAUGUGGAUUUUUGUAUAUAUUCUAUGAUAGUGCUCAUCUUGAGAUAUUGUUAACCAUUUUAUAGUUAAUGUACAGACCAGGAAAUAAUCUCAUACUUCAUAAAGUAUUUUCCUACAAACAUAUUUAUUUAAUUUAUACCAAAGAUAUUAAAAUCUACAAUAUUA